CUUGUGAUCUAUCAGUGGGCAAGAUCAAGAAGUGGCUAUCAAAUGAAAGAGUUGUGAAACGCGUAGCUUUCCUGUAUCGAGUUGUCAUCCUCUUUCUACUCAUUGGCAUUGGAGCCUUAGUUUUUAUAGGAGCAAAACAGAUUGAGCAGCUGGGACGUAGUUUGGUAUCCCCCCCACAAUGUGGUCCGCCGUGCCCACGUUAUUGGAUUGGAUACGAGGGGAAGUGCUACUACUUUUCAAGGGAAAAACGGGAUUGGGUCUCUAGCAAGCACUACUGCUCUUCACACAAUGCGUCCCUGGCCAGGAUUGAAAAAGAAGAAAUGGAUUUUGUGAUGCGGCUCAAAGGCAAAGAUAUCUAUUGGAUUGGGCUUCGAAGAGUCUUAAGUAAGGACUGGACAUGGGCAGACGGAGAAAAUGCCACGAUGGAGGUCACUGGAGUAGGAGGAGACUGUGCGUUUCUAGACAAUACAGGCAAAGCCAUUGCUUCAGGAUGCCACGCAAAAUUACCUUGGAUCUGCAGCAAGCCUGCUGCAUAUACAACAAAGGAAGUUGCAGAUACAUAGAUGGAAGUGUGGGGUGGAGCAAGAAAAACAGUUACAAAUGGAGGAGAAAUGGGCUGUACCAAAGGGGAAAGUGGGCCCAGUUAAACUCUGCCACCAAGGGCCUAUGGAAACCUGGAACUGGCCCCUUAUUGGGGAGCAUAUUGGUUGCAUGUUUACAUGUGCAUAAGGCGUCUUAAAUUAAGACUGAACAAAAAAGCAAUAUAUGACAUUAAAAAAUUGGUGCUCCUCUGGUGGAACAUUUCUUAGAGCACAAUCACAAACUUACAGACUUUUUGUUCUGGGUUUGAUUUAAAUGUAACAGUCUGGAUGAUAGAAUUCUGU